CCAAAUCUCUCUCUCUCUCCCUCUCUCUCUUUCUCUCUCCUCUUUCUCUCUGUCUCUCUCUCCUUGUUCCUCUGUGGCUCCGUGUGGGGGGUGGGUUUCGACCAUGAGCGGAGGAGGGAUUAGGGUUUCGAUCCCCGCGGGGGUGCGCAGGACGAUCCAAAACAUCAAGGAGAUCGCGGGGAACCACAGCGACGAGGAGGUCUAUGCAAUGCUCAAGGAGUGCUCCAUGGAUCCCAACGAGACCGCGCAGAAGCUCCUCCUCCAAGAUACUUUCCAUGAGGUCAAGAAGAAGCGCGACAAGAAAAAAGAGACCAACAAGGAAUCUGGUGAAUCUAGGUGGAGACCAGGCCCACAGGGGCGAGGGGGAAGGGGAGGUCGAGGAAGCUUUCCUUCCCGCUAUUUGGUUAAUGAUGUUGGUGGAAGAAAUGUUUCAUCUGGAAAGGAGAACGGAGCCAAUCAAAGCACAGACAAAGGUAGUACGACUUCAACUCCCAUUGACACUGAGAUCAAACCAUCAAUUUCUAUAUCCAGCUUAGCAGGUGGCCUGGCGAAUGGUGUGGGCAAUAUAAACAAUCCAACUUCCUCUCAGGGCCAUGCACCUCAAUUGCCUGGGCUUGGUGGUUCUGUUUCGACGGAAGAAAAUAGUUCUACUUCUAAAAGCAACAAUAAGACGAGUUCCACAUCAUCAACUACCAUUGAUAACAAGAUUGGUUCUGCUGGUGGACAAUUUGCAUCAGGUCCUGGAAGUAGACCUUCUUCAUCUUCUCAUGGUCGGGCUUCUGGGAGUAGGCCCUCUUCUAGUUACAGCAGUCGGUCACAACAGCUAGGUGGUCCGCAAAAAGGAGUUGGUCCUAACAAAGAGUGGAAACCAAAAACAACAAAUGCGAAUCCAGCUCAAGCACCUGCUACUGCUGCUGCUUCUGAUAUUCUCCCUAACCCCGCUGUAGCUGUAACUUGGUCGCUUGAGGCAUCGAGCUCCGUGACAACGGAGGAAGCUGCUUUGAAGGUCGAGAAAAAGCUCGCUGAUUUGCAGUUAUUGGACAGGCAACAUGUUAUCAUCCCAGACCACCUUCAGGUCCCAGAAUCAGAGAGAUAUGGCUUGAGUUUCGGGAGCUUCGAUGCUGGUUUUGAAAUUACCACAGCAAAUGGCCCGGCAAGUGACAAAUAUUCUGUGCCAUCUGACUCUGAGUUGUCACAGGGGAUUGAGGGGACUGUUGAGGAGCCAUUUUCAAGCAUGCAGAAUGCAUCCUCUGCUGUUGAAGAAACAGAAGCUUUGGAUCAUGAGCAGUCACCUACAGAGAUGCCGGAAAAUAUAUCUAGGGAGGUGGAGAAGUCAUCCAGCACCAAUGAAACAGAAGAAGCUGAUCAAUCCAAAGAAGCAGCUGCUUUACCUCCGGAAGCUUCUCACCACCCCCUUCUUCAAACUGCACCGUCUUAUUCGACAUAUGGGUUGGUACCACAGAUGCUCGGAAAUCAGUUUGGAUCCUUUGAGACCUCUGACAGUCAGGCACAUGACACCAAUCGCAUACCAAACAUCAUGGUCCAGCAGCAACCAUUUGAUAUGUUUGCAAGCUAUUACACCCAAUUUUAUCGACCCACAACUGAUGCUGAUGGCCGUUUCUCUCCCUUUCUUGCACCCGGUGCUGCUGCCAAAUACAAUGGGAACGUUGCUGUCCUGCCUUCUCAAACUGGCCAGGCUUCUCAAGAGAGUGGGAACUCGCUGGUCUUUUCUUCAUCUGCCUCUACUCCUCUAACCACCCAAGCCGCUGGUGUCGCACAAAGCUCUAUUGCUAUUCCGCCGCAACCAGUUCCUGUCCUACGUCAGCCGACCGGCGUACACAUAUCCCAUUAUCCCCCCAACUAUUUCCCCUACAACCAAUAUUUCUCUCCCUACUAUGUUCCUCCUCCUCUUCACCAUUUCUUAAGCAAUGCCGCUGCAUUUCCCCAACAACCUCCCAGCGGAGGCAUAUAUCCACCUGGAGCAGCAGCAGCAGCAGCAACAGCUGCAGCCCCGCUCAAAUACCCCUUCUCUCAAUACAAGUCUGGUGGUAAUGCUGGUAAUCAAGCAAAUCAUGUUGGAAUGCCGACUAGCUAUGGAGCGUACAGUUCGAGCUCAGCGGGCUACUCUACUAGCGCUGCUGCGGCCAGCGGAAACUCAGGUGGAAAUGAUGAUAUCAGCUCGGCACAGUUCAAGGAAAGUAAUGUCUAUAUCGCUGGCCAGCAGAACGAAGGCUCUGCCGUGUGGAUACCGACGCAUGGGCGGGACAUCUCCAGCCUUCAGGCAGGUUCCUUCUAUGGCCUUCCCCCACAAGGCCAACCCAUGGCUUUUGCACCUCCACAAGCCGGCCACGGCGCCUUCAGCGGGAUCUACCACCCGACUCAGACGGUUACCGCACAAGCUGUUCAUCCUCUUCUUCAGCAGUCCCAGUCCGUAGCCGGAGUCGUCGAAAUGGUGCCUCCAACCGGUCUUUACCAACAGCCGCAACGACCGCAGAUCAAUUGGACCAAUAAUUAUUGAAAUCCCCCCAAAAUGUUGGUAGUAGCCAAAUGGCAAAAAAAGCUCCGGCUAUAUAUGCAAACAAACGAUUAUGGCUACUACUAUUCUUGAGUGUGAUUUAAAGGAUUGGUUUUAAAGUAUUGGGCAUACAAGGCCCUGAAAUCGAAGAGUAUACAUGUAUAUACUUAUCUGAAGGGUGGCCAACCUGCAGUUUAAGGCAGAGGAUUCCAAGUUGUUUGGAAAGAAGUUGAUAGUUGAGGUUUUCAACUUGUGACAAAAACUGACCCAUUCUUAAGUUAGUCGAGAGGUUUUACUCAGCUUCCUUUCUUCUUAUCUUUAUAACCCUAAAAUUCGGUAGGGGUAGUGAAGUGUUGUGAUUUUUCUGUUCCACCUAUCCUUCCCAAUGAAUUAUUAGUAGAUAAACUUUGGAAGGUAAGAGCUUAAAGCUAGUGGGGUUUUUCAUUCUUUACGAUGCCUUUUUAUGUAAAUUAAAUUUUGAUAGUUUUGAGAAUGUAUCACACUUGUUGUACUCGGUGCUUCUGGAAACAUUAGAAAAACUACCUCUUCUGAUACCUUUUUUUUCAGCCGAAAAGCUGUAGUCAGAUUUGCUCCCGACAAUAAGCUGUAGGAUUCCUCUUGCUGCUUUUAAGCUCCAGGAUGGUCAUCCGAGGAGGAGGUAACAACCCUAAAGCUUUUUAAUCAGUUUCGGGUUUUUAUUAGUUGAGUGAGAUCUGUUUCUUGAAGCAUGUUUGUCCUGUAAGAACAGUUAGGGUUGUCGACAUUAUUUAUAAGAGACAUUGAUAUAGUGCUAGAAAGACUUGUGUGAUAACAACUUUUUCCCUUCUUGAGUUUCAUUUCUCUAAAAGAAAUUCGUAA